UUCCCCUUCCGGCGCGCGAGCGCGUGGCGGCCUGCGCGGGGUCCGGCGCGGCGGAGCACGUGUGUGUCUCGUCCCGGUCCCCGCUGUCACCAUGCUGGUGCUGUUCGAGACCGCCGCUGGCUAUGCCAUCUUCAAGGUUCUGAACGAGAAAAAGCUCCAAGAAGUUGACAGUUUAUGGCAAGAAUUUGAAACUCCUGAAAAAGCAAACAAAAUAGUAAAGUUGAAACACUUCGAGAAAUUUCAGGACACAACAGAAGCACUUGCUGCAUCCACAGCUCUCGUAGAAGGCAAGCUCAGCAAGAACUUGAAGAAAAUUCUCAAGAAGAUAGUGGCAAAAGAUGCCCAUGAACAGUUGGCUGUGGCAGAUGCCAAACUUGGAGGUGUCAUAAAGGAGAAGCUGAAUUUGAGUUGUAUACACAGCCCAAUGGUUACGGAGCUGAUGAGAGGAAUUCGCUCACAGAUUGAAGGGCUUAUUACAGGCCUCCCUUCUCGAGAGAUGGCAGCUAUGUGUCUCGGUCUGGCACACAGCCUUUCCCGAUACAAGUUGAAAUUCAGCCCAGACAAAGUAGAUACCAUGAUCAUCCAGGCAAUUUCACUUCUUGAUGACUUGGAUAAAGAACUGAAUAACUACAUCAUGCGCUGCAGGGAAUGGUAUGGCUGGCACUUCCCUGAAUUGGGCAAAAUCAUCACAGAUAACCUAGCAUAUUGUAAAUGUGUGCGGAAAGUUGGAGACAGAAGCAAUUUUGCCUCAUCUGAUGUUUCUGACAUCCUACCAGAGGAGAUCGAAGAGGAAGUGAAAGCUGCUGCAGAGAUUUCCAUGGGGACAGAAGUAUCAGAAGAAGAUAUAAACAACAUAAUUCAUCUCUGUGAUCAGGUGAUUGAAAUCUCUGAGUACCGGACACAGCUGUAUGACUACCUGAAGAACAGAAUGAUGGCCAUUGCCCCUAAUCUCACUGUCAUGGUGGGUGAACUGGUCGGAGCAAGACUCAUUGCUCAUGCAGGUUCCCUCUUGAAUUUGGCGAAACAUCCAGCUUCAACAGUUCAGUUGCUGGGUGCUGAGAAGGCUCUCUUCAGAGCACUAAAGACAAAACGGGACACGCCCAAAUUUGGCCUUAUCUAUCACGCUUCUCUUGUAGGACAAACCAAUACCAAAAACAAAGGAAAGAUUUCUCGAAUGCUGGCAGCUAAGACUGCUUUGACUGUUCGUUAUGAUGCCCUUGGAGAGGAUACUAGUGCUGAAAUGGGAGCUGAGAACAGACUAAAAGUAGAGACGAGACUGCGGCUUUUGGAAGAGAGAGGGAUGAGAAGAAUAAGUGGCACUGGAAAAGCCUUAGCCAGGGCAGACAAGUAUCAAAACAAGAGCGAAGUAAAAGUAUUUGACCCUUCUGGUGACUCUACACUUCCUACUGUUUCAAAGAAACGCAAAAUUCAGGAGGUGGAUGAGCAAGACAGAGAGGUUGCUGUGAAAGCAAAGAAGUUCAAAGCAGAAACAAAAGGUGCCUUUCAUUUUUCUUCCUUCUGUGGUACGGAAGAGACAACUGUAGAAGAUAAUGAACCUGUCAAAAAGAAGAAGAAGAAAAAGGAUAAGGAAAAACAAGCUGAAGAAGAGGAGGUACUGACUGAGGAGCCCCCCACCAGCCCCACAGUUGAGAAUACAGAGAAAAAGAAGAAGAAAAAGAAGAAAGUGAAAGAGGAGGAUGAAGACUAAGGAACAGGGGAGAAUGUUGGCUCUUGGACAGCUGCCUCAGAGUAGCAUUUCUUGACGUGAUUUCUUUAGCCUCUUGCUGGAAACUAACUUCCCUGUUUUGCAAGAGGGCAAGGAGAUGGAUUUGCUAGCCGUCUUCUGCCGUGGAAUAGGAAAUGCCAGUGUCUCUGCUAUUUACGGGGAUUGCUGGUUUUUUUUUUUUUCAGUUUCUUUUGUUGAAAAGCUCACAAUGGAGCCUCUUUUCAUAUGCAGUCUCCACCUAUAGGAAUAAAAACAUUUUUAUGGAGAUUUGAUGCCUCUGCCUUUUUAACUUGCUUGCUGGUUUUCUAACCAUUAUUAGGACUUUUUCUAAGAUUUAUUGUUUUAAAUGAAUGAUAAGCAAAAAACUUUCUAAAUGUGUUCUGUUGCAGUUUUAUUCUGUAAAGAACUCCAAGGUUGUAUUAUUUUGAAAUUUUCCAUAAAAGUGACACAAAUAUCUCUGUGUAAUAUCAAAGAUGUGUUGAUCAGCUGAGGUGCAUUAUUGAGUCUGUGCUGUAGUUCUUCUGAGAGAGCCUUUUUUAAUCAUCUUUCAAACAUUUUGGUUUUGCUGCACUGACAAGAUGUAGAUGCAUGUUUUUAACUAACAUGAGCUAGCUUCCAAAUUACUUUUGUGGUGUUUAUGACAACUUUCCUCACUUUUUUCUUAAAAAAGAAAAAAACCCAGGGCAAAAUUACUUCUUCAGCUUUCUGAUAAUGAAGCUGAAAAGACAAGUGUUCUUUAUUAGCAGCAGAUAGCAGCCAUUUGCCAAUUUUGCUGUAUUCUGUAGGGGAUACAGAUGCACUGAAGUAGCAUCAUAUGAUCCAGGCACUAAAGCUCUUGAAGCUUUAUAGUGGAAAAGGAAACAAUUUUUAAUUUGACUAGGCUUAUCGCACAGUGUAAUUAAUAUGAAAAAGUCUCUUUUUCUAGGUGUAGUGGUAGAUGACUAGUUAAACAAAACAGCAGUGGUUUUAAGUGGAUAAUAUUUCAUAAUUGCAGCCAGUGUAGCUGGUGCUUUUUUGUGCUACACAGGUUAUUGACCAUCUCUUGUUGUAACUGCCAGUGGCUUAAAUACCUGUUAGUGUAAGUGGAUGUACUGAAUCCCCAACAAAAUCGGUAAUGUGUUUAUUAACGCAGGUGUGCCAGUGUCAAGAAGGUGAACUGCAAUUUUUUUCCCCUCAGGAAGGCUGCAGUGGGUUUAACUGCUAUAAUUGCGUGGCUGGUCAAGGAGAAUCCUGAAACAGCAAACUGUGACUGUGCUACUGUACUGCAGCCUUCGCAAGUCUUAGGUAGUACGUACGAGUACUUCUGUCACACUGCAGUCACUGAUCCUUUAACAUGCAGAGCUCUGUAUUGCCUGGGAAUAUAGAGACCUUUCCAGUUCAUCUACUUUUUGCCAGACAAAUAAGAUGAAUUAAUUUAAGCUGAAAUAUUUGAGC